AUUAUCAUUUAUCAGCGUAUCAUACCUUGCACCGUGGCCCGGUACAACAAAACAAUUUACAUUCUUACGAAUCAUUUCAACUAGUAAUUUCAGUGCUGUCUUUUACGCCUACUAUCAAUUUAUUGGCUCUUAAAGUUCAUAAGAAUAAAUAUUUAAGUUGUCUUUCAUCCCUAAAAAAAUACACACUAUGUCUUUUGACCAAGCCGUGGAACAAGUUAAAAACUUAAAGGAAACACCAAGUGAUAAUGAUUUAUUGGAGCUAUAUGGUUAUUAUAAGCAGGCUACUAUGGGUGAUUGUAACACUGCCAAGCCAGGAUUUUUAGAUUUUAAAGGAAAAGCAAAAUGGGAAUCAUGGAAUGGUAAAAAAGGUAUUGAUACUGAUAAAGCUAAAACUCAGUAUGUUGAGUUGGUUAACAAGUUGGUUGAAAGAAUUGGCCUCAAAGACUAAUUGAUUAAAUUUAAAUUUAAUAUUUUAUGAAUAUUUAAUUGAAUUACAUAUGACUAUAUAUGUAAUAAUGUUAAUAUUUUUAAGUUGCCUUUUUUAUUUAAACAUUUUGGUUUAAUUAAAUAUUUAUUUAAAAUCUUUUAAAUUGUUUUACAUAAUAUUAUUAUAAUUGUACAUCACAUUAGUGGUAUUAAUCCAAUAUUUUUAUUCAAACAUAGUAAAAACUAUAAAUUUAUAUUCUAUUACUUUGUCAUUAGAAAUAAUUAUUAUUGAUUGUUUGAUAAAAAUGUUCGCUAUUAUAUUGAAUGGGUUGAAUAAAUUUACUUUUUUUUCCUCUCAA